AGAGAUCAAUAUGGCUUUUUAAAAAGUUCUCAAUGGAUAUCUGAUGAAGCUUACAAUGAGUUUGAGAGUUACUAUGAACCCAUUAUUAAAAGACGUCAACAAAAAUGGCGACAGUUGUUAUGCGAGAACAAUGAACAAUGGCCUCCAAGAAGUAAUAAAUUGAAAAGAUAUAUUCGAAAAGGUAUACCAGUAGAACUUAGAGGACAGGCUUGGUUGCAUUAUAGCGGAGCCAAAGCAAAAUUGGAAGCAAAUGAAGGUGUUUAUGACAAGCUUAUCCAGAAAGCAGAGGCAUUAGGCAAUAACAAUGAAAAUCUUGAUAUCAUUGAAAGAGAUUUACAUCGAACGUUUCCCGAAAAUGAUCGAUUCCGACCCAAUACCACUCAGCAACCUGCCAUUAUCCAAUCUCUCAGAAGAGUCUUACUUGCAUUUUCUGUUCAUUCACCUUCCAUUGGUUAUUGCCAGUCCCUCAAUUACAUUGCAGGCAUGUUGCUCUUAUUUCUCAGUGAAGAGGAGGCCUUUUGGACAUUUGUGACACUAAUUCAUGAUAUUCUGCCACCUAAUAUCUAUGAUGUGACCAUGGAAGGUGCUAAUAUUGAUCAGCAUGUGCUCAUGAUACUACUUUCAGAAAGAUACCCGCAUAUUUGGAAUAGAUUAUCUGGUGGGAAAACGUUCUGGCAAUGUGAGGAUGAAGAGGGAGACCACGUGGGUGGUAUGCCUACUUGCUCUCUAGUGACCAGUCAUUGGUUCUUGACACUUUUCAUCAAUAUUUUACCGGUUGAGAGUGUUUUACGCGUUUGGGAUUGCUUGUUCUAUGACGGACAAAAGGUACUCUUCAGGGUAGCUUUAGGGAUCUUUAAAUUGAACGAAAAUGAAAUUUUAUCUGUACAGGAUCCUUUGGAAGUUUUUCAAGUCGUUCAGGUAAACGGGCGCAAAUUAAACUAG